GGGGAGCUGACCCAGCGUGCGCACACAUACACGUACAUUCUCUUUCUUUGCAGCCAGAGGCCUGGCUCGCUCCCAGAUUUUGUACACAUGCGGUGCCCCCCCGGGGUAGGUGAUCAGGUGUGCAGGCGCCCGAGCCUGUGUGGUAGAGUUAAGGUAUGCCCCCUAUGGGGUGAGCACCACUAACCUGGAGUCCGCCCUGCCUUACCAGGAGCGUAAAAGGACAGAAAAGACCAAAUUCCACGGGGGAGCCCCAAUGUGACGCAUUGGCCGUGGCUGGGAGUUUGACAGGAGCCUAAUGAGAUCUACCUCCAGGCUUGAUUUAAAGACGUCUAGUGAUGGAGAAGCCACCAGCUCUUCUGCAAAGCCUCCUCGGGCUCCAGGCUGUGCUCUGAAUUAGACUGGAAGCUUUUGGGGGCAGCAGCCCUGGCGUCGUCUUCGCGCUGGCCACCCUCACCUAAGAAUGACGUAACCAUCUGGGCUUCACCUGUGAGCCCUGGACUGUGGCUGAGCCGGAUUGCUGGGCCAUGCAGCUCCUUGCCUCGUCCAUACCUCGCUGGGUUGCAAGGGGAGCAAUGCAGACCUGGACCCUGGUUUCAUUCCUGCCAGGGCAGGUGUUUCCCAUUUCCCCUCGCCUUUGCUCAGCCCGCUCGGCUCUUUGUUAACCUUUGUCACUUGGUGGUGGGUCUCUGUGACCCAGCACGGUCACCAUGGGAGCAGAACAGGUUGCUAAGUCUCACACUGGAGUGGUUCCCGCAGUAACAAGGAGAUAAAGUGGUUGUUAUGACAAUUGGAAGGAAGACGGAUCACCAUGGCGGUGGCUUUCUGCGUGACAGCACUAAUAGUCAGAUCGGGAGGGAGCCAUACGACUGCGGGAUUUCCCGGCUACACUAAUACAAAGUUAAUCUUGAGAUCCCAGGAUGCACCUUGGGACCACAUCGAGGGCCAAAAUGGGAGGGCGUCUCCGGCAUAGAAGUAAAUAGACGUACUGGCAUGUUGGGAACCGUGCCGGGAGGAAGCUGAGCCCCCGGGCUCCAUUACCCCCGAGGGUACCUCAGUCUCCACAGAAGGAUUUGCUGCUUCUCUUCCGACCUGAUGCAGGAUCCCAAGGUGAGGUACGUCGCUUCACCCCAUCCCCUUGCGUGAACCCCUGAACUAGAGGGAGGCUGAGGCCCCAGGCCUGGGACUGGACAAAGUCCUGGGAGAGGAGGAGACCCAGAAGGAUUGCUUGGCGUUUGCGUGUGCACGCCAGAAAAGAGGAAAGUAACCAGCUAGCCUCCGGACGCAAUAGACCGGUGGGGAACGUGGCCAGACCUGUGCUCUCAGCCCGGGACCAGCUACUCCAGGGCCCAGCGGGGGAAUAUUUCCGGGGCAAGGAGCCAAGUGGCGGUGUGUGUUGUGACUCCGUGGGCGAGGGGGUUGCCAGCAGCCCGCCCUUCGCAGACAGCUGCCCCAAUGCUGGAGCGCAGAACCAGGAUGGACAGCUCCAAGAAGGAGAAGGUGGAGCAGAUCCUGUCGGAGUUCCGGCUGCAGGAGGAGGACCUGAAGACGGUGAUGCGCCGGAUGCAGAAGGAAAUGGACCGGGGGCUGAAGCUGGAGACGCACGAGGAAGCCUCGGUGAAGAUGCUGCCCACUUACGUACGCUCCACCCCCGAGGGCUCAGAGGUCGGGGACUUCCUGUCCUUGGAUCUGGGAGGUACCAACUUCCGAGUGAUGCUGGUGAAAGUGGGCGAAGGGGAAGAGGGGCAGUGGAGCGUGUCGACCAAGCACCAGAUGUAUUCCAUCCCAGAGGACGCCAUGACGGGCACGGCCGAAAUGCUCUUCGAUUACAUCUCCGAGUGCAUCUCCGACUUCCUGGACAAGCACCAGAUGAAACACAAAAAGCUGCCUCUGGGCUUUACGUUCUCCUUCCCCGUGAGGCACGAGGACAUUGACAAGGGCAUCCUGCUCAACUGGACCAAGGGCUUCAAAGCCUCAGGCGCUGAAGGGAACAACAUCGUGGGCCUUCUGCGGGACGCCAUCAAGCGGCGAGGGGAUUUCGAGAUGGACGUGGUCGCCAUGGUGAACGACACGGUCGCGACGAUGAUUUCCUGUUACUACGAGGAUCACCGCUGCGAGGUUGGCAUGAUCGUGGGUAAGAGACCUGCCCUCCGGGGCGGUUCCCUCAGACCAGGGAGCAGCAGGCACAGCCCCUGCCCACAGACAUCGCGGGCGGCCCCCUGCCCCUGGGCACGUCCUGCAGUCCGUGCGGCCCAGAGCGUUCUGGGGGCGGGCAGCGGGCAGGGCCAGUGGGGAGCCUUCGGGGCCUCGGGGGAGCUGGACGAGUUCCUCCUGGAGUACGACCGCGUGGUGGACGAGACCUCCCUUAACCCCGGUCAGCAGCUGUAUGCGCAGCUCUGGGGGGGAGGGCAGGUGGGCAGGCUCGUGCGGCUGGUGCUGCUAAAACUGGUCAACGAAAAUCUGCUCUUCCGCGGGGAGGCGAGCGAGAAACUGAAAACCCGGGGCAGCUUCGAGACCCGCUUCGUGUCUCAGAUCGAAAGGUAG